UCAUAAACGGAACAGCAGCAGCUGCGUCAGUUUCGAUAACUUUGAUUCCGGGAGUGUACGGGUAUGAGACCUUAGCCAACAUAUGAUAUUUUAAUCACGCAUAAUUGUGCAGUUGACUAUUGCAGGAAAAUAAACCCGCAGCAUUGCGCGGGGGCAUUUCCUAGUUAUCAUAAAAUAAUAGCAAAAGAAAAAUCCCUUGACUCCCUUGUAAGGGGAAAAAAGAAGACCCAAACAGUCCCUUGACUCCCUUAAGUCAUAAAGGAUCGUGGUAAGCUCGGUACGAAUAUUACGGCGAGACUUUCAACCGCACUCGAGUGCUAAUUGGGAACGGCGCCGUCCACACUUUACGGUCAUCGCAGAAGCAAUGAACAAACAGAGACGGCAACCGCCGGACCCAGUGGCUGUGCUGAGAGGUCACCGUGCCUCUGUCACCGACCUUUGUUUCCAUCCAUCUCAACCUCUCUUAUACACUGGUUCCGCAGACGGUGAGUUGCGGAUUUGGGACACACUGCAGAAUCGGACGAUAAUAUCAGCAGGGGUGCAUAAUGCGGCACAUGGGGUUGCUUCUGUUGCUUGUAGCUCUUCAAUUGGAGCUGACAAAGUUAUCAGCCAGGGUAGGGAUGGAACUGUUAAGUGCUGGGAUAUUGGAGAUGGAGGUCUAUCCAGGGCUCCCUCUGUGAUGAUUGCGACAAAUGCUUACCACUUCUGUAAGCUUUCGUUGGUAAAGAGACCUCAUUCUUGUUCUACACAAGUUGACGGGCCAAAGCAUCAUGACGGAGGUGAGAGGGAGACUACUGAUGCAGAUACUCUGGAUGAUAGUGAAGAAAAGGUCCAAGGGAAUCUGUCUGAGCUGUCUAGAACCAAUGAAGAAAAUACUGAAGUUGCAGGAUCUAAAUACAUUGCUAUAGCAGGAGAGCAGUCUUCUGAGGUUGAGAUUUGGGAUCUUAAUACUGCAGAAAGGUGUAUGCGACUACCUCAAAGCUGUUCUGCUGGCUCCUCAGCUAUUUCUACCAAGGAAAGAGGAAUGUGCAUGGCAGUUCAAGCAUUUUUACCAUCAGAAUCACAGGGAUUCCUAAAUGUCGUGGCUGGUUAUGAGGAUGGCUCCAUGCUUUGGUGGGAUAUUAGAAAUCCAGGUGUUCCAGUUACAUCUGUCAAGUUUCAUUCAGAGCCAGUUUUAAGCCUAUGCAUUGAUGAUUCAUGCAAUGGUGGUAUCUCAGGAGCUGCAGAUGAAAAAAUAGUGCUCUACAGUUUGGAUAAUUCCAUGGGUACAUGUGUGAUAAAAAAAGAAAUUGAUUUGGAGCGACCUGGCAUAUCAAGCACCUCUAUUCGACCUGAUGGUAAAAUAUUUGCAACAGCUGGCUGGGAUCACAGAGUGAGAGUAUAUAACUAUCGCAAAGGAAAUGCUUUGGCAAUAUUGAAGUAUCACCAUGCAACGUGUAAUGCAGUCUCUUAUUCACCAGACUGUAAGCUCAUGGCUUCUGCAUCAGAGGACACAGUGGUGGCACUUUGGAAACUCUAUACUCCUCAAACCUGAGAGUUAUAUUAGAAUCGCAUCGAGAAUCAGUAAAUGUUUCUGUUUCUGUAUAUAUAUUUUAACCAAUAUGUCAAAUAUUGUUGGAGCCUAUUCUGCAUCCGUAUAUGACAUCUAGAAGAUACCCGACAUUUGCAUAACAA